AUGGCACCUUAUGAGGCCCUAUAUGGUCGGAAGCGUCGCCCUCUACUUUGUUCAAACGAGUUAGGUGAGAGGAAGGUUAUAGGACUGGAUUUAGUUGCUGAGACUGAGGAUAAGAAAAAAUCUUAUGCAGAUCUUAAGAGGAAAGAUAUUGAGUUUAAGGUGGGGGAUUGUGUCUUCCUUAAAGUAUCUUCAAGGAAAAAAGUUCUCAAAUUUGGUCACAAGGUUUUAGUUGAGGAGAUUGAGUUGAUGCUGGAUUUUUCCUUUAAGGAAGAGCCAGUACAGAUUCUGGAUCGUGAGGUUAAGGUCUUGAGGAGAAAGACCAUUCUGUUAGUUAAGGUUCUAUGGUGGAAUCAUGGUUCAGAAGAAGCCAUUGGGAGUCUGAGGACUCAAUUCGACAAAAAUACCUACAUCUUUUUGAAAUAG